AUGGACCCCAUCAAGUACAUAUUAGAGAAACCAUCCCUCAUCAAAGUAAUUGCUCGAUGGCAGAUGUUAUUAUCAAAAUACAACAUCCAAUAUGUCGCACAAAAGGCCAUCAAUGGUAGUGUACUGGCAUAUUAUCUUGCUCACCAGCCAAUGGAGGAUUACCGACCUCUGAAGUUUGAUUUCCCAGACGAGGAUAUUAUGGUUGUCAAAGACUCUGAGAUCCCUGGAUCCGACGAAGGACCCGAACUAGGGGAGCGAUUGGUUCUUAUGUUCGAUGGUGCUUCAAAUGCAAUAGGUCAUGAAGUUGGAGUAGUAUUGAUGUCUCCCACUAAUUUUCAUCUACCAUUCACAAUAAAGCUUUGUUUCACCUGUACAAACAACAUGGCUGAGUAUGAAGCUUGCAUACUGAGACUAGAGGAGGAUAUUAAUUUGAGGAUUAAGGUCCCUAAAGUAUAUGGAGACUCCGCUCUAGUAAUACAUCAGAUCAGAGGUGAUUGGGAAAUGAGACAUGCUAAUCUAAUUCCAUAUAGAGAUUAUAUGCUGAAGUUGCUCCCAAAAUUUGACCAAAUCACUUUCUCCCAUAAUCCUCGAGAAGAGAAUCAGAUGGAAGAUGCUCUGGAAACUCUGGCAUCCAUGUACAAGUUGAUAUGGCCUAACCACCAGCCUAAUAUUGAAAUCAAGCGUUUUGAUAAACCUACUCAUUGUUUGACAACAACAAAUGAAUCAGAUGGCAAACCCAGGUUCUUUGAUAUUAAACACUAUCUUGAGAAACAAGAAUAUUCGACAAAUGCUUCUAGCCUUGACAAGAGGAAUAUACAUAGUCUGGCAUUAAAAUUCUUCCUAAAUGGAGACAUGCUAUAUAAGCGGAAUUACAACAUGCUCCUACUCAGAUGUAUAGACAAGCAUGAAACUAGUCAACUCAUGAAGGAUAUACAUGAAGGAUCCUUUGGCACCCAUGCAAGUGGACAUGCGAUGUCAAAGAAAUUCAUGAGGGCGGGUUACUACUUGUUAACAGUGGAAGUUGAUUGUUAUCAUUACACUAGGACAUGCUACAAGUAUCAGAUUUAUGUUGAUAAGGUGCACGUACCACCUACCCCUCUGAAUGUCAUAACAUCACCAUAUCCUUUAUCUAUAUGGGGAAUUGACAUGAUCAGGAUGAUUGAACCCAAAGCAUCUAAUGGGCAUAGGUUUGUACUGGUUGCCAUGGACUACUUCAUAAAAUGGGUCAAAGCUGCGUCUUACGCCAAUGUCACAAAGCAAGUGGUUGCCCGCUUCUUGAAUAAAAACAUCAUAUGUUGA